AUGGAGUAUCAUUACUCGCAUCUGAUCGACUCCUCUUCCUACGACAGUGAAGGACUCAGUGAUGGGAUACCCCUUCGAGUUCACCGGAACCAGGACUUGGAAGAAAUGGGCGCUAUUCGACUGCACAAUGACUGGAGAAAAUUUGUUGGACCGCUACCAACUAAUAUGGGCGGCAGCAUAGGUCCUAUAUACAGCUUUACUGCCGUGACGAUGCCAGAAUGCCGGCCAGAACGGCUAGAACUCGUCUCUUACAUGGUAGAGUUAGCUUUUCUGAACGACGAUGCGCUGGACACGACCGAGGUACCUGAGGAUUUUGCUCUAACUAGCGAGAUGGUAUACCGCCGCAAUGAAGUGAUUGAUAAAGCCAUGGUCAAGGAUCAUAAACCUGGGAAGGGGCAAAUUUUAGCCAACUUCGCCAAGGAGAUCAUGUCUAUCGACCCUGUAAGGACAUCAGAUGUGAUGAAAUACUUGAAAAGAGACUUGAGAGUGCCGAAAAAUGGCAUCAAAUUUAAAGACUUUGAUGAUUUCCUCGAAUAUAGAGUUGUGCAGGACUCCGGUUCCGAUUUUCUGCUUGCGCUGUCUAUCUUUGGCAUGCAGCUUACGAUUCCUAAAGAAGAAGAACAAACAUGCUUUGAAUUGACUCGGCCGGUUUGGGCAGCCUCAAUUCUUACAAAUGAUCUUCAGUCUUGGGCCAAAGAGUACAAAAUUGCCCAAAUGCAAGACAAGUCUGAUAUGAUGAUCAUGACGAAUGGUAUUUGGGUAUUGAUGCAACAACACUCGAUUGACAUUGAAGAAGCAAAGCUCAGAAUUCGUCAAAAAGUGAAAGACUUUGUUGCACAGUAUGUCAUGACUCUAGAGAAGAUCAAAGUUGGACAGGAUUUGUCACUUGACUCCCGUCGCUUGAUCGAGGCUAUGCAGUACAUGAUAAGCGGCAACCUGAUAUGGGGGAAUUUGUGUCCACGCUAUCAUUCUCCAACCAGCAAGCUAAGCGACUUUCAACUGAGUCGAAUGAAGAAUGUGUUGGGGAACCGCGUCUAA